AUGAGCAGCUUACAGACUUGGGAAGAUAUUGUCUCAAAGAAACGGGCCAUCAGAGACCAACUUCUCGCACCGUACUUAGUCGAUGUAGCUCAACGUCUGCCGCAAGUACAGAAUGCCGAGCAACGUACCCGACUAGAAGAUCCUUUGAUUCAAAAGAUCACAGAUAUUGACAAUGUCGUUAUCCUGCUGGAAUAUCUGAAGAAAGGAGAGUUUCGAGCAGAGCAAGUGACCAAGGCAUAUAUCCAACGGGCUGUGGUAGCACAUCAGUUGACCAACAGCCUGACCGAGGUUGUUUUCGAAGAUGCUAUAGAACAGGCAAAGCAGCUAGACACCGAAUUUGCAGUAACUGGAAAGCUCAAAGGUCCCCUACAUGGAAUUCCAAUCACGCUGAAAGACCAAUUUAACGUCAAGGGUGUUGACACGACCCUGGGAUAUGUGGGCAGGUCCUUCGCCCCCGCCCAGGAAGACGCAGUGCUCGUGCAGAUAUUGAAGAACAUGGGCGCCGUCAUCAUUGCGAAGACAAAUCUUCCACAAAGCAUUCUGUGGGCCGAAACCGAGAAUCCUCUCUGGGGACUCACCAGUAAUCCUCGCAAUCCAAUUUUUUCAGCCGGUGGCUCAACCGGUGGAGAAUCCGCUUUGUUGACAUUACACGGAUCACUCCUCGGGUUUGGAACUGAUAUCGGCGGGAGCGUAAGAAUCCCUCAGUCUACAGUGGGGUUGUAUGGCUUCAAACCAAGCAGCGCCCGACUUCCGUACGAGGGCGUACCUGUCUCCACUGAAGGCCAAGAACAUGUCCCAUCUUCCAUCGGCCCGAUGGCCCGAGAUCUCCCGUCUAUCUGUUACAUGAGCCGACUGAUGGCGAAUAGCCAGCCCUGGGAUGUCGAUCCGCGAUGCGCCCCUCUUCUCUGGAAUGACACUGUAUUCCAAGAAAUCCAAGACCGACCUAUGGUCAUCGGGUUGAUCCUGGAUGACGGCGUGGUGAAGGUUCACCCACCUAUUACGCGCGCUCUGCUAGAGCUAUCAGAAGUGCUUAAAGCACAUGGGCACGAGGUUGUGAUCUGGGAUACAUCGGACCAUGCCGAAUGCAUUGAAAUUAUGGAUCUCUUCUACACGGUCGACGGGGGUGAGGAUAUUCGUCGGGAUGUAGCCGCUGCCGGCGAGCCGUUCAUUCCUCACGUUGAAAAGUUGAUUAACCGCGGCAAAUCUAUCUCGAUUUAUGAGUACUGGCAGCUGAACAAGCGGAAACUCGCGGUGCAAAAGAAAUAUCUGGAUAAAUGGAAUGCGGUGCGGUCUCCGUCGGGCCGAGCUGUUGAUAUUCUGUUGAGCCCUACUUUGCCGCAUACGACUGUGCCCCACCGGAAACUCCGCUGGGUUGGCUAUACUAAAAUUUGGAAUUUGCUGGACUAUCCGGCUUUGACUUUCCCGGUAGAUAGGGUGAGGGCUGAGCUGGAUGUGUUGCCCUCAGAGGCUUAUGUUCCAAGAAACAGUCCUGAUGAGUGGAACUGGAAUCUUUUCGAUGCGAAACAAGUGGAUGGAUAUCCGGUGAAUUUGCAGAUCAUCGGGAAGAAACUUCAGGAAGAGAAGGUACUGGGGGCUGCUACAGUUAUUGAGAAGCUCUGGAAAGGUCGUGUCGACAAAUCCAAAUCCAAUUGA